UGCCUCACUGCCGGGGCUUCUGCAGCCACGUGAGUCGUCAGCAGCGGCUGGAGCCCUCGCGGUGGGCAGCAUGUCGGCGAAAAGUGCGGCUCGGAAGCGGGGAAAGCCAAACUCGGGGGUUGUGGCAGGAGCCGGGGCCAGCAAGCGGCGACGGAAGGCCGACCCUGCCGGGGACAGAGGCAAGUCCAAGGGCGGCGGCAAGAUGAACGAAGAGAUCUCCAGUGAUUCUGAGAGUGAGAGCCUAGCUCCCCAGAGGACGGAGGAGGAGGAGGAGGAAGAGGAGCUGGAGGAGACCGCACAGGAGAAGAAGCUGCGCUUGGCCAAGCUCUACCUCGAACAGCUCAGGCAGCAGGAGGAGGAGAAGGCCGAGGCCCGGGAAUUUGAGGAGGACCAGGUUGCGGGGCGCCUGAAGGAGGAUGUGCUGGAGCAGAGGGGCAGGCUGCAGAAGUCGGUGGCAAAGGAGAUCCAGACCCCGGCCCCCGCAGACAUCCGAGUUUUAAGGGGCCACAAGCUCUCCAUCACAUGCUUGGUCAUCACUCCGGACGACCUGGCCAUCUUCUCCGCCUCCAAAGACUGCACCAUUAUUAAGUGGAGCGUGGAGAGUGCCCGCAAGCUUCAUGUGAUCCCACGAGUCAAAAAAGGGGCCGAGGGGCAGCCACCCGGCCACAGCAGCCCCGUGCUCUGCAUGGCCAUUUCCUCAGACGGCAAAUACCUGGCAUCUGGUGACUGCAGCAAGCUCAUCCUCAUCUGGGAGGCACAGAGCUGCCGGCACCUGUACACCUUCACGGGGCACCGGGACGCCGUGUCGGGGCUGGCAUUCCGCAGGGGCACCCACCAGCUCUACAGCACGUCCCACGACCGCUCGGUGAAGGUGUGGAACGUGGCCGAGAACUCCUACGUGGAGACGCUCUUUGGGCACCAGGACGCCGUGGCCGCGCUGGAUGCGCUGAGCAGGGAGUGCUGUGUGACCGCGGGGGGCCGUGACGGGACCGUGCGCGUGUGGAAGAUUCCCGAGGAGUCCCAGCUGGUCUUCUACGGCCACCAGGGCUCCAUUGACUGCAUCCAGCUCAUCAACGAGGAGCACAUGGUGUCAGGCGCAGACGACGGAUCCGUCGCCGUGUGGGGUCUCUCCAAGAAGCGGCCACUGGCCCUGCAGCGUGAGGCCCACGGGCUGCGGGGGGAGCCAGGCCUGGAGCAGCCCUUCUGGGUGUCAUCGGUAGCGGCCCUGCUCAACACAGACCUCGUUGCCACAGGCUCCCACAACUCCUGCGUGCGGCUCUGGCAGUGCGGGGAGGGCUUCCGGCAGCUGGACCCCCUCUGUGACAUCCCCCUGGUGGGCUUUAUCAACAGCCUCAAGUUCUCCAGUGCCGGGGACUUCCUGGUGGCUGGGGUGGGGCAGGAGCACAGGCUUGGCCGGUGGUGGCGGAUCAAAGAGGCCCGGAACUCUGUCUGCAUCAUCCCGCUCCGCAGGGCCCCCAGGUCCCCGGCUGCCGGCUCCUGACGCUGCUGCCUGUUAUUUAAGUUCUCCCAAGCCCUGCCCUGCCCUCUUUGUAUUAAAACUCUUCUCUCAGG